CCUGUCUGUCAGCGUUGCUGUGGAAACAAACACCACUGGCGCGGUUCCCCCGCAAUGCCAAAUUGACAUCCGGAGCUUCACCAUCAAUCAUGCAACCGGCCAUACCAUCCUCAAGUUUGGGGGCGUUACUGCACCCGCAUCAACAUCAUCUUUGGUAUCAUCAGUUUUCUUUUUGAUCUUUCUUAAUGCUGACGAGACCUGUCGACAUCUCGGCCUGGCUAUCGCAAAUCCCUAAUGGCGACGGCGCCAACUUUGACGCGACCGACCGACCGCCGAACCGUCAUCAAGUAGUCAACCCAGGGUACCGUAAACGACACAGACACCCGAUCUCCCCCCCCGUCUCAGAUGAUCUUGGCUCCGAGAUUAUGGCACAUGAUCCCCCGACGCCGACGGCCAAGCGCCAGAAGAUAGGCCACACAAUCGAGGAUGUCGAUGCGACGCCCAAGCAGGGCAGCAUCUACCAGAACAGUCUUCCGCCCCCAUCAUCGUCCAGCCAGUUACCCAGCGAAUCUUCCGAAACCCCUUCCGAUGUAUCCGGUCGAUCAUCCCCGACCAAGAAGCUCGCCAAAAUGGCCCUCGAUGUCAACGAACCUCUUGAGACGAGACCCUUCACAAGGCCUGACAGCAUACCCGACGGGCCGCUGCUCAGUCUGUUCGAGAAGAUGGAAUAUUUGGGCUGCGCUGAGGGCUUGCUGCCUGUCAAAAUGGAGAGUGAAUUCCAAGAUGCGGCCAGAAGUGGCAAGAUUGCCCGUAUGGGAAGAGCGGCUUUCGACUCGUCUGGGAAGAGAGACAGGCUCGGGCCGACACCGGCCAUUGACGACGUGCUAGCGAUUGUCCGGGAGGCAUCGCACUGCCAGGAGCUUCAGCAUACGGAGCACAGCUGGAAUUGCGCCGUUCAUUUCCCUUUACUUCGCUUGGCUAUCCACGGCUGCUACGCGAGGAAGAACCAGCUCGUCGACUUCGACUCUUGCACGCACGCCAGACCAAACAAGGCCUAUCGCCACAAAUCCACAUGGUACCCGGCAACCAUGGUCGACUUCGCUAUCGUCCUUCGGCCCCGUAGCGUCGAGGAUAGCCGCGGUCCGAUCGUACAUGCUAUCGACCAGCUGCGGAGACAGCUCCCAGGGGAAUCCAUCAAUCACACCGACCACUAUCCAUUCCUCUUCGACCCCAUCGCCGUCAGCAUCGAGACUAAGAGGCCUGAUAAUGGUGAGCAGAAGCAGGCGCUCCAGACGGGCUCGUGGCAGGCCGCUCAAUGGCGCUUCCUUCACCACCUCGUCGAGAAGCGGUUGCUUGCCAUGGAUCCGGGUCGUGAGCCGGGCCCAGAGCUCGAGGAACACUGCCACAAGGUUUUGGACAAGCUCGGCUAUCUCCCAGCUAUAUUCGUUCGUGGCCAUCAUUGGUUUUUCGCAGCGACGACAAGGCAGGGCCGCAGCACGACUCUCUGGAGGGAGGUGGAUCUUGGCACCACUCGGACUGCGCUUGGGGUAUAUAGCAUCAUCUACGCCAUCCAGCUCCUCGCGCAGGAUACACGUGACCACUUUUGGCCGUGGUUUCUUGACAAUGUUUUGGGAAUCCCGUCCGUCUGACAGGCACACCUGCGCACCAUCGAUCGAUAGAGGUAAAGGCGUAGAUCGAUUGAUCUGCCACGGGCGGCUCGUCCGUC